UUGCCAUCGUGCAGGCAGGCUUCGGUCUCACCGUCGACAACUUAGAUCUCCCUUGCCGUAACAACUCUUCCUUCUUCCCGGCGAACUUCACUCUCUUCUCAAUCUCCUUCUCACCUCUCUGAGUUUCCAUUACUGACAUAUAGCAGUAAAGAUGAUGGGAUAUGAGAAUCAAGAGUCCCACCUUUAUGCAUCCAAAGAGGAGAUGGAAUCUCUGGUACUCGACGACGAUUCUCCCAACGGCACUGCUCAUCCUUUCUCAGAUCCACUUUCAUCAUCCUCAUCUCUUCCUUUCGCUGAAAUCCCUACUGACCAAAGUCAAACCCCUAAUUCUUCAUUUAAUUCCAUCCUCGAACCUCCUUCUUACGCUGAGGCUAUUUUCAGAUCCUUUGACGCUGAUCACUCCUCUCCUCAACUCAACGGCGCUCAUGAUCACUCUAUUGCUUCUCCUUCCUCACCUCCAUCCUCCGACGACUUUUUGACCAUUACCGUUUCCGAUCCACAGAAAGAGCAAGAGUUGUCCAAUUCUCUCGUUCCUGGGGGGACUGCUUAUGUUACCUACCUAAUUACUACCAGGACAAAUUUACCGGAAUUUGAUGGAACUGAAUUUAGUGUGAGGAGGAGGUUUAGAGAUGUGGUGACUUUGUCCGACCGAUUAGCUGAGUCGUAUAGAGGUUUUUUCAUUCCGUUAAGGCCGGAUAAGAGUGUUGUUGAGAGUCAGGUGAUGCAGAAACAGGAAUUCCUGGAACAGAGGAGAGCAGCACUGGAGAAGUACCUGAGGAGAUUAGCUGCGCAUCCUGUGAUAAGGAGGAGUGAGGAGCUAAGAAUGUUUUUGGAGGCGAAUGGGAAGCUGCCGCUGGUGAGGACAACAGAUGUGGCAUCCAGGAUGUUGGAUGGGGCAGUGCAGUUACCCAAGCAGAUCUUUGGUGAGACAGCAGGGGGAAUGGUGGAUGCCAAUGAGGUGGCUCAGCCUGCCAAGGGAGGUAGGGACCUGUUGAGAAUCUUUAGGGAGUUGAAACAAUCUGUGUCUAAUGAUUGGGGUGGUGUGAAGCCACCUGUAGUAGAGGAGGAUAAGGAAUUAGUGGAAAAGAAGCAGAAGUUGCAUGAUUUUGAGCAGCAGCUCAGCAAUGUGUCUCAGCAGGCCGAAGCACUUGUAAAAGCUCAGCAGGAUAUUGGAGAAACCAUGGGCCAAAUGGGCCUAGCUUUUGUCAAGUUAACAAAGUUUGAGACAGAGCGAGCAGUUUAUGAUUCACAAAGAACAAGGGCUGCCGAUAUGAAGAAUGUGGCAACUGCUUCUGUUAAGGCAAGCAGACUAUAUAGGGAGCUAAAUGCACAAACUGUCAAACAUUUGGAUAAGCUCCAUGAAUACCUUGGAGUGAUGUUAGCUGUGAACAAUGCAUUUUCCGAUAGGUCAAGUGCUCUUUUGACAGUACAGACAUUGUUGUCUGAGCUGUCAUCACUAAAUUCGAGGAUCGAAAAACUUGAAGCUGCUGCAUCUAAGAUAUUUGGUGGGGACAGGUCCAGAAUUCGCAAAAUAGAAGAGCUCAAGGAAACGCAUAGAGUUACUGAAGAUGCCAAAAGUUCUGCUGUGAAGGAGUAUGAGCGGAUCAAGGAAAACAACAAGAAUGAGCUUGAGAGAUUUGAGAAGGAACGACAUGAUGACUUCUUGGGAAUGUUGAGAGGAUUUAUUGUCAAUCAGGCAGGAUAUGCAGAAAAGAUGGCAAAUGUUUGGAAGACGGUUGCAGAGGAAACAAGUGGAUAUGCAAAACAUGGUAGCUGAGAAGUUGCUGUAUAUAAUGGCUUUUGGCUUCUGCCUUUCUUUAUCUAUUUUUAGUUUCUCUAUUCCCCCUCCCGGCUCCCUUUCCCUUUCCCUUUCUUUUGUAUUGUACUUUAUUUGUAUACAAGCUUAGAGACAUGUUCAUAUCUUAGGCAUAGAUGUUUUAUCCAACAUAUUUUUCGUCGUAGAGUUCUAAUUGAUAACUUGUGGGGAUUUUCAUUUAACAAAACUUCCCCCAGAUCCUCA